AUGGCAGACAUUGAGUUCGGACAAGAGAUCUUCAGUAUGCUCGGCAGCCCAGCACGCGUACUGGGUCGAGUACCACUAGUCUUCAGAUAUCUCAGCGAAGGGCUAGCGCGGUACGGACCGACCUAUCGCGGGCGGCUAUGGCUGUUCUUCGAUGUUGGGGAGCUAGAGGCGAUGGAACGAUUGAUCAAUGAGGGAAAUGACGAGAGCGUGUUUGCGUUCCGGAGACUGCAUCUUGCUAGUGGAGCGACGACGACGGUGGUGGGGUCUCUACUAGCAUCAGUCUGUGCUACCAUGUUAUCACUUGACAGUCUAAGCGAAGUGAACCUGACCGUUCGCGGCCUGUUUACAGUCAGUCUCAUGCUGUCGCUGAUGGCAGUCUACUUUGCCUUAAUACAGCAGCGAGCACUCGCGCUGCCAACAGAUGCCGAGAGCCUGCGUCUCUGGCUCUGGAACGGUCAAAGGCGCACGGUAGAGAAUGGAGGCCACGGUGGAGAAGUCAUCAUCCGCGAAAGCUCGCUGUCAGCGAAUAUGGUGCUUCAGGCGCCCUUUGAGCUCCUGAGCAUCUCUAUAACCUUGUUCCUUGGCGCGCUUGCGGCAUACCUUGGUUUCGCUAUGGUGCAGGAGGUUCAAUUCGGGACAGGACCGUGGCCGGGCAAUACUGCGUUGUUUAUAUUCUUCUUGGUCUGUACGACGUUUACAUUAGCGAUGUUUGGUCAAUCGCUUGGAGAGAAGGAAAGAGAGAUGCGGACGUGUAGGAAUGGAGGGAGUCGUAACAAUACAUAG